CAAACACUUCCUUGCUCCACUAAAACCAGGUGGGCCGAGCCUGAUGACGGAAACAGCCUCAAGUCCACGCAACUCGCAACACAUCCACUCGUUUGUUUUGCUUUUUUAAGCAGCAUCCUGGAGGGGAAAACUCUGCCCGUCAUGGACGAGUCCGACUCUAAAGUCGACCUGUGCUCCGUCCCUCUGAUCGCGCUCAACGUGACCGUGAGGAAGAAGUUGGGACUUUACCUGAACCCCAAACACACGGUGGCCGCCGACUGGACGGCCGUGGCGGAGACCAUGGGCUUCUCCUACCUGGAGAUCAAGAACCACGAAGCGUCCCGGAACCCCACCAAGACCGUCCUGGACGACUGGGCCGCCCGCAACUCGGACGCGUCGGUCGGCAAGUUGCUGUCUAUCCUGGAGGAGGUGGAGAGGAAAGACAUCGUGGAAGAUCUUCAGCCUUUGAUAGAUGAGGAUGUGAGGAAAUACAUUGAGAACCAGAAGAAGAAAGAUGAGCCGCCGGUCCAGGUUCCUGAGGUGGACAGCUGCGACCCUCGCACACCAGAGAGGUCUCUCACGGUGGAAGACGUACCAGGAGGUGCCCCGGAAAUGUUUGACGCCUUCAUCUGCUACUGCCACAACGACUUUGAGUUCGUCCAUGAGAUGAUCCGGGAGCUGGAGCAGACCGACUACAAACUGAAGCUGUGUGUGUUCGACAGGGAUGUGCUGCCGGGCUCGUGUGUUUGGACCAUCACCAGUGAGCUGAUCGAGAAAAGGUGUAAGAGAAUGGUGGUGGUGAUCUCUGAUGAAUAUCUGGACAGCGACGCCUGCGACUUUCAGACCAAGUUCGCUCUCAGCCUCUGCCCCGGAGCUCGAAGUAAACGGCUCAUUCCGGUGGUCUACAAGCCCAUGACAAAGCCGUUCCCCAGCAUCCUGCGCUUCCUCACAAUAUGUGACUACACCCGGCCCUGCACCCAGGCCUGGUUCUGGAUCCGGCUCGCCAAAGCGCUCUCAUUGCCCUAACCGCGGGGCAGGGAGCGGAUUUGUAACCAUGAGUGCCUUGUCUUAUAGCCUUUAGAGGUUCAUGUGGGAGAACGGCCAAAUGUUGCAGAUUCGAACGCAGUGAUGCCGCAUUUAUCGGCACUUCUGCUAAAGACGUGUAAAAAGCCUUAAAUGAGUGAAUACACUGAAAACGGUAGAAAAAAAACAAACCUCUUUUUUUUUCUUUGACUAUUCCUCUGUCCCGGCUCCUCCUCCACUGCUCUCUUCUUUUCGGCUCAGCCCAAAGAUUUUCUCUAGAACGUAAGUCUGCGGAACGAGAUAGCCGGAGGAGAAGGGGCGUUGUUGUGUCCUGCGAACCAUUUCUGUGCUGAUCUGGCCAUUUGUCUUGGACCGCGAUCAAUCCCUGGGUCUGAUGUUUUUUUUAUUCACAGGCCACUUUUCAUGCAGUCCGACGUAACACAAAGUGCUUUGCAGAAGAAGAAAAGCGUAAAAAGAAAAAGUACGCAAUCGACAAAAGCGAAUGAAAUUGGAAAUAUUGAAAGCUCUAAAUGUCAAAUAACAAGACGGAAAAAACACCGGAAACAAAUGAGAUCUAACACUGUUAAAAAAAAAAGUUUGAUAAAAAUUUAUUAUGAAUUGAAAUGUAAUAAAACCAAGUAAUUAAAAUAAAUAUUGAUAAAUCUAUAAAGAAAUAUAGUCC